GCUGAACACGUCAUAUUACGGUGUGCUUGACGUCACAGAGACAAUAUCCGGGGUACAGCUGGACGGAAGGCGUACGACGUGCCUGAUUAUGCGCAGUAAUUCUCUCGUCCUGCUGAACCGCCAGCUGCAGGCCGUGGUGUAUGUGAACACCGUGUACGACAUAGAUGCCACAGACUUAGUGUACUUUAGUUACCAGGAUUAUCAGGCGAUAUUUCCUAUCCGUAUUCGGGUCAGGAAGUCUCCACGCCUCUACUAUCCAGGAAAAGAUAACGACAUCAACAAUAAAGUGACAAUCAUCACUAAGACUUUUCUGAGAUACCCGUCCGUAAAGGCUCUCAUCAACAGUACCCGGAUGUUUUACCCGAAGAUCCGGAUAGUCAUAGCAGACGACAGCCGCCCUGUGGAAGAUCUGCAGGCGGAAAACACGGAUCAUUACGUCAUGCCGUUUGGAGCGGGUUGGUUCGGUGGCAGGAAUCUUGCCUUGUCACAAGUAACCACUCCGUACUUCUUGUGGGUGGACGACGACUAUGUGUUUAUCAACGAGACAAAGUUAGAGAAUUUUGUUGAUGUUCUCGACAACACCAAUCUGGAUUUGGUAUCUGGUAGGGUCGGUAACAAGCAGCUCAUGUACUCCAAACUGUCCAUCCUACCUGGAGACGAACAUGGCGACUGUCUGUUCCAAGGCAGUGGACACUACCGCAGUGUUCCCGGCUACCCUCACUGUUAUCUGACCCCGAAGGUUACCAAUUUCUUCAUGGGAAGAACGGACGCAGUCCGCGCGGUGGGCUUUGAUCCUACCUACUCUCGCUAUGGACACACAGAGUUCUUUGUGGAUGCUAUGGGAAGACUACGAAUUGCAGCGUGUGAGGGAGUGCGUAUAGACCACAUACAGACUCGAAACAAGGACUUCAACAAGUUCCGCUCAGGAGGAAGUGUAGCAGGAAACUACCGGGAUAUCAUCAUGAAGCGGCAGUAUUUUAAAGAUAACUUACACUGUUGGAUUAAAACAUAGACGACAUCGUAUAAACAUGACAUAAAGUUCAAUGUAAGUAUUUGUGUAACAGCUAGUACUGUGCACACUUUAUUUGUGAAAAAGUUGAAUAAGUCAUAUCGUUGGGAAACAAUAAUUGUGUCAAAAAAAGACAGGGUAGGAUUCAGUUUCUCAGUUAUAAGAUAUAUUAGUUGUCAGGAAAAAGGUCAAUGUUCCCAUUACUGCUGCUUGUAUAACACCCUUUAGUCAGAUGCUUGUGGUGGUUACCAGGCCUUAGGAUAAUAUGGAUAUUCAAGAAGUAUCGAUCAGUAAAUCAUGCACAUCGAUAAACUCAAAAGCCCCUCAGGGAUAUAGAAUCGUCAUGACGUGCCAAAAACCUUUCGCUUAUCGGAAGUGACACCUAUUUGAUAUUGUCUUUGCCUCUGUGGAGGUUACAAAAAAAAAAAAAACGACAAAGGAUUGCACUGGCGGUCUAAAAGUUAAAGAGCCAAGAAAGUUAUGAAGAAAAACUAAACGUUGCUACUAUGUAAACAUUAUGAUAGUAGUACUAAU